GUUGCAUGAAUGAAUCCCAAUAUUCCCUUAGAGAUAAGGGAAACAAAAAGGGAAAACUUAUGUACAAAAAAUUAUGAACCAAAUAGACGUUACAAUAGUAAAAUUAAAUGAAACAAAAAACUACAAAAAAGAGAAGAAAUGAACCUUACCUUCUACGGCCAUGGCCAUGAUUUGCUUCAAGGCAGACUCAUGUAAAGCACUCACGAACAAGGGAGCGGCGGUGUUCCAAGUGAUCUCUGCUGAUGAGGCUAUGCCAAGGCAGAUCACGGAUGGAGGGGGCAUGAAUCAAGGGAAAGACAUUGCAGACAGCGAAUUGCUUGACUAUAUAUCAGAAUCAAUAACAUUGAGCACGUCUUUAGCUGAUUGUGGUGAGCAAAAGUCAUGUGCAGUUACCACAGCAAAACGCCUUCGGGAUUUUCUUGGGGAUGCAAUGGUUAAAGAUAAAGGCUUAUGUUGCCAGUAUAUAGUUGCAUGUGAGCCAAAGGGAACGCCAGUCACUGAGCGGGCUAUUCCUGUUGCAAUAUUCAAAACUAAUACUGAAAAUAUGAAGCUUUAUAUAAAGAAGUGGUGCAAAAUAUCAUCAGAUUCAAAGACCAGCAUCCGCUCUAUUGUUGAUUGGUCAUACUAUAAGCGCAGACUUUGUUCGAUGAUCCAAAAGAAAAUUACUAUUCCUGCUGCAAUGCAGAAGGUUGCGAAUCCUGUCCCGAGGGUGCCUCAUCCAAGUUGGCUACUUAAAAGGGUUAACGAAAAGGAAGAGAAGUUUCGUAGUCAUCAACAAGAACUGGAAGACAUGAAUGGUUCAAUGAGCAGAGAAAAUAAGAGUGCAGGUGCAGAUUUAGAGGACAUGGGGAAAGCUGGAAAAUCUUAUGUGAUUGCACCCAGGCCCAUUGUUCAUUCUCAUGGAGUGAACAAAAGGGUAAAAGACUUAGUUGACAAGAGUGGUUAAGUAAUGGUUGAGAGAACCUUACAAGUGAUCUCUUUAGACAGAUAAUAAUAUGAUUAUGUGACAAAGGGAAUGUAAUGUUCUUUUGUUUGGUUGAAACGCUAUUCAUAUUUACUACUCUAUGAAUUAGAAAUGAUCUCCCUAGUUUUGUGGGAAAUUAGACAUUUAAAGUGAUAAUUUUGGAUUAAUUGUACUUCGUAGAAAUUAGGCCCAUUAAAGCUUUGGGACGUAU